UUUGGUCCAAUCAAAUUAGACCACGAAAAAAUACGAAGGAAAGAUGGACUAAAGUUAAAAGCUAUGUCAUAAAUAUUUUUAGUGUAAUAAAUUCAGAAUUGCUUUAAUUAUUUGUGAUUACUAAAUACAUUUACAGAAAAUAAUGGACAGCCUUGUGAAUAUCAACUGGAACAAAGUCACGCCAUGUCUAGUUUUAUUAUUGUUAGACUUAGUAUUGGAAUUUUCAGAGUGCACGACACAGGCUGAAGUAAAUAAACAUUUAGAACUAGGACGAGAUUUCUUAAGUCGUGGUCAACUUUCAGACGCGUUAACACAUUAUCAUGCAGCUGUUGAGGGGGACCCACACAAUUACCUCACAUACUUUAAAAGAGGCACAGUGUAUUAUGCUCUUGGUAAAGCUAAGUUUGCAUUACAAGACUUUAGUAAGGUAUUAGAUCUAAAGCCCGAUUUCACAACAGCCAGAGUGCAUAGAGCACAAGUCUACCUCAAACAAGCUGAAUACAUGCAUGCCAAAGAUGAUUUCCUGCAAGUGACAUAUGAAGACCCGUAUAACUCAGAGGCACUCACAUACUACCAUCGUAUGGAUGAGCUAACCGAAGAGCUUCGAUUGGCAGAGGCCUAUUAUCGGGGUGGGGACUUCAGAAGUGCAGCUGAACUUGCCACUAGACUGUUAGAAGUGUCUCCAUGGUCCGCAACCCUUAGGCAGCUCCGGGCCGAGUGCUAUAUUGCUAUGAAUGACCUGUUCUCGGCGGUAUCUGACAUUCGGUCUGUGAAUCGUCUACAGCAAGAUUCCACUGCUGGUUAUCAUCGGUUAGCCUCGCUACUUUAUCAACUGGGACAUGUUAGCGACGCACUAAAGGAAGUGCGCGAGUGUUUAAAACUGGAUCCGGAACACAAACAAUGCUUUCCCCUAUAUAAAAAGUUGAAAAAAAUAGACAAAUUACUGCUGAGGUGCGAGCAAAGCAGCGAGGCGCGUCAGUAUAGCGAUUGUAUAGACUCGGCUAAGAGUGUGUUGGCUGCUGAAAAGGAAGUCACGCUUGUGGUGUACGAAGGAAGGAAAUGGUUAUGUUCCUGUCUCGCUAAGGACGAACAGUGGACUGAUGCGUUGAAAGAAUGUAACAGUGCGUUGGAGAUCCAAAAAGAAGGGAGUGUGUUGUGUGAUAAAGGAGAUGCCUUAAUUGGGCUGGACAUGUUUGAUGAUGCGAUACGAUCAUUCAAAGAAGCGUUGGAUUUGAACGAGGGUCUGCAACGCGCGAAAGACGGAUUGGGCCGAGCGCAGAAACUUCAAAAACAAUCCGAACAAAGGGAUUAUUACAAGAUAUUAAAUGUUAAAAGGUCGGCAACUAAACAGGAGAUCACUAAGGCAUAUCGUAAAGCGGCGCAGAAAUGGCAUCCGGACAACUUCCAAGGGGACGAGAAGAAGGUCGCAGAGAAGAAGUUCAUUGAUAUCGCUGCUGCUAAGGAGGUGUUAACGGACCCCGAAAAGCGGGCUCAAUUCGACAGCGGGGUGGACCCCUUAGACCCUGAAGGGGGCAGACAACCCUUCGGGAACAACCCCUUCAAUCACUUCCAACAUGGAUCGCCCUUCCAGUUCAAGUUCCACUUCAACUAAGCCAUAUUUCGUGAGAUGUACUAAUUUUUCAUCUGAGAUUCAUACUACAUUUUAACCACUUCAAUAAAAGAUUAUCCUAACGUGUACUUUGACAUUAAAUUUUCAUCAAAAUCGGUUCAGUAGUUUUUGAGAUAUUCCCGCAUUUCUCAGAGGACAUGUAUAAUAGGUAAAUAAUCUUGAUAUUUGAUGUGGGAUAUAAUUUGUUUUUAUAAUUAAUUUAACCAAUUUUCUAAAGUUUUUGCAUUAUUAACAUUUCAUUAUAUUUUGUAUUUAUUUCAAUUAAAUAUAUAACAUUUUGUGUUUUAUGAGUAGAAAUUGAAUUUGUAAAUAGGGUUGCCAACAAUAAUAAAAAAUAGACUAAACCACUGUCAACCAUAUUGUAGAUACAUAUUUCGAAUCAUGUUUUAUACAAGAAUUGAAUGAAUGUCAUUGCAAACAUGUCAACUGUCACCUAAAAUCGCGCCUGUCUGUGUCACCGUGACAGUUGACAUUUUUGAAUUACCUUUACGGCUUUAUUUUUAUUAGAUGUUAUUUAAUAAAAUAAUGAUUGUUUUCUCAGUUUUUUUCGUUGAGACUUGUUUUUAUUUUAUUUUAUAGAAUACACAAUGUACUAUAAUAUUCAAUAACAUAUUGUUAUAUAAAUACACUUACUGAAUUUAAAUGUGUCAAAAAUUUUAUAUUUUUAUGGAAAUGAUUUCUUAGCCGUGCUUAUACUAACGUGAGUUUAAUAGGUUAAAAGUGUAUUUAUUUAUUGUUUAAACUAUAAUUUCUAAAAUCUAGUCGAACCAUCAAAAUGUUUUACACGCCCAUAUAUAGUAAAAUUGAUUUAUCACAUACGCUUUAACAGGUUCCAGAAUACCAAUAUUUCCAAGUACAAGCAUAUCUAAGCUUAAAUAAUAUUCGCUAGAUCUUAGUGAAAUUAAUUAUAAAUAGGUAUAAUGACAAGUUUUAGACUAAGAACGUAAAAACAAUUUAAAAAAAAAAAAUAUUUUUACGUUAGUAAAUACAGUUUAUAAUAUAAAGACAAUUGUUUUUGCUGCUAUCUGUGACUAUAGACUAUACUUUGGUCUAUAAUCUAUGGGGUAACUAAUGACAUCUAUCUGUGGUUUGUUUUAGUAAAUUCAAUAUUUAGAAUAUAAACACUAUUAAAACCUGUCAUUAUCCCUACUUUAUAUUAUUUUUUUUUAUAUUGCCAGUCGGAUAUGUCAUAUGUCUGCCUAAUUUAAAAAAUAAUAUGGCCUCACAAAAAUACAAUCCAAAAACAUUGCUUCUAUAUUUUAUUAAAGAUCAAAACUAUUAACACUUUAUGUAAUUUUGUGAAUAUUAAUUAAGAUAAGGUGUACAGCCAUUUAUUUGUAUGAAAAAUCUCAUAAGUCGGGUUUUCUGACUCAUCAAUAAAAUAUGCAUAUUUUAGAACUUAGUCUAGCUUAUGGUAUAACUAAAGGGCAUUACGAGAUCCGCGUCUAUACAAAUCUAAGACGCGAGAUCUUGACAGUUUUAUACAAAUUGUAUAAUUCAUUCUUGUAUCACGUCUUGUUCGGCGAGCUCUAGCACAAAGUCGUUUUAGAUCGCUAAGGAACGUCAUAAGUCAUUAUUUCAGUCAGUUUUAUUUUCAGUACCGACGAAAACGGUCGUAAACGUUAUUAGAAGUUCAUUUUAAUUGCCUAGAUUUACCAAUAAGACAUUCUCGGUGGGGGCGAGAAUGGACAACGAUUUACAGUAAUCCCCCUACAACUCGUUUUCGUAUAACGCGAAUUACGUUCCCCCUAUAACACGGAGAUUUCUCAAGUUAUAUUUCUGCGGUGUGAAAUUUAUAAUAAUUAAUUUGCGUACUUUUGCACUCGAACGCGUCCUUUUUCAAUUUUGUUCUUAUAAAAUUAAACUCGAUAACUAACGUUAAAAAAAAACAGAUUUACGAGAAUACUCCUACAACGCGAUUUCCUAUAACGCGGCCUGGAUCUACCCCGGGUAAUUACUUAUAGUGGUGCGUUUCGUCUGAUUGUGAUUAGUCAAUUGACGUAUCGUGUCUCGGGUCCUUUGUACAAACUCUGUUGACCAAUCACAAUUAAACGUUUUAUCGUUAGUUUUUCAAUUUUCGUUUAUCUAAACCGUGGGGCCAUAAUAUUAGUUUGUAUUUCUCCUAUACUUUGCCACUCUGAACUCGGAAUGUUAUGUGACGUGAUUUUGACCGCGUCCGAACUGUCGACAACAUUAUUUAUUUUGUUGUGAGUCUUAAGUUAUUGUAAAUAUUUAGAAAUAUAAGUGAUUAUGAGAUA